AACCAUUGUCAAUCUCGCAUGACAUUUGUGCCGGACUCGUCAUCAUCCAAAAAUACCGGCAGGACGAUAAUUGAGAGCAAUUGAGAGGAAGACCGGCGAACCUGUUGGAGCAAGAUAACGUAUCGUUGAGGACGAAUAUUUUAAUAUCAAUACCUAAUACCGUCACUCUGUCGUGAUGGAUAAGACGAAAUUGGUCAGUAAUGAUCUGGAGCUGCCGCCGCUACGCAGCUUAGACGACUUCCUGCUGGAAUCCGCGCGUUUCCAAUUACCAAAUCUCAAAGACUUGGAGAAAUGGGGCAACCGGGUGGUCAACAAUCUUCUGUAUUAUCAGACCAAUUAUCUGUUCAUGUCUGUCAUUAUCUUCCUCAUCGUUGGAUUACUUCAUCCUGUUAAAAUGCUAGUCGGUAUGCUAGCAAUGAUGGCAAUUUUGGGAACAUUUGCUUAUGUAUCUAUGGAAGGAAGUAUGAUACAUAAUUUUAAAAGGCAAUAUCCAGCAGUUGGAGUGUUAUUUAUAAUAUUUGCUGGAUGUUUCAUAACAUAUACUCUGGGAUCUCUAUUAGUUUUCUUGCUGGGCAUUUUGUUACCAUUCUGUGUGACAUUUGUGCAUGCCUCACUGAGAUUACGGAAUAUCAAAAACAAGCUUGUCAACAAAAUCGAAGGCAUCGGCUUGAAACGUACACCAAUGGGUGUGUUUCUGGGACAUCUUGAAGAUGUGACUGGUAUGACUCUGCGCGCCCAGACAUCAUUCAUGCAACCGCCUCAUUAAUAUCCUGCUUUGUCAUCAGGUUGUAUAUUAAAUUGUUAAAAAUUAAUAUCAAUAACCAUCAAUAUUUUCUCCGCUCUAAUCAAAUCAGUGUUUCGCAUGUUAUUUUCAUGAUGAGAUAAACAGAUAAAUCUUGUUUAAUAUUUCAGAAUAUAAAUUUGACAGAUAUUUGUGACUUGAAACAAAAGCAGUCUGUGUUAUGUGAUCUCUUACAACAAAACUGACAAAUAGCAAUGAAUUAUUCUACAAUACUAAAUAUUGAAUUUACAUAUUUACACCAUAAUGUGUUUAUUAUUUUUUCUUGAAAUACUUACUUUAAAAGGGCUGUUUUAACGUGAAUAUAUCUAUUUUUUAAAUGCUACAUUAUAUAGCUUUAUAUAUAUAUAUAUAUAUAUAUAUAUAUAUAUAUAUAUAUAUAUAUUAAAUGUAUAUUAUAUGUGAUCAAUAUUUAAAGAGAUCAAGAUGCCUGAAGUUAUAUCUACAUGAUAUAUCAUAAAAUUUGAUAUUUUGUAUAUAUAUGUACAUAUAUAGAUAAAUAACAUAUGUAAUUUAUGUGUAAAAGACACAUAGGGCAAGUUGUUUUCGCGAAAUUUUGUUAUAUUAUAUCAUUUUUAUUUCAA